AUGAAUUUAGUUGCAGAGAAUGAAAUCAAGGCGCCUGAGUCGUCUAUCGCUAGGCGGAGGAGCCUAGCCAAUCCGAGUGCAUUGGGAUAUGGCGGGUUUGCAGCGACGUUGAUGACUUUGUCAUUGUCUGGGAUGGGCUUUCGCAGCAUAUCAAACCAAUCCGUCUUUGUAGCAAACCUCUGUUUUCUCGCUGGAGUUGGGCUCUUGGUCUCCGCGCAAUGGGAAAUGGUCAGGGGCAAUACAUUCGAUUACACAGUUCUAGGAGCUUUUGCGCUGUACUAUGGCGGCUAUGGGGUGUUACUACUGCCUUCAUCAGGCGUUCUCGAGUCUUACCAAGGGCAGACAGCCGACUAUCACAAUGCAUUUGGGAUUUACCUACUCGUCUGGAGCAUACUGAAUCUGUUUUUCUUCAUUGCUUCUUUGCCAACUGGCGCGCCUAAUAUUGUUGUAUAUGGCGCCUUGGAGCUAUCGUAUAUCUUCAACUGUAUAGGCCACUUUGUUCGGGCAGAUGGUAACAUUUUAACCAGUAUGAAGCUCAUGAAAGUAGGGGGCGCGUUCGGUUUUGUCUCGUCUCUGGCGGGCUUUUAUAUGCUUGGUCAUGAGCUAUGUCGAGACGUUUUGCCUUUUCGUUUUCCAGUGUACAACACAUCUCGUCUCGCUAGUGUUGUUAAAUCGAGCGAGCAUAGUAAUUAAUGAGGCUGAUAUAUGUAUGAUAUUUAGAACAUCGCAAC